UUUGACCCUCCAAGUGCUUGCGAUAAACAAAGGAAGAAACCAAAACAAACAACAACCUAUCCACUACGCUUCCCUUUGAGAACGAACGAACGUGUCUCCUGCUGCUUCAUAGUCAUAAUAUUUAUACCAUCCAUUCGUCCAUAAUAACAAAAGCAAUGAAGCAGUGACGCUUCCUCUUCUUCCUCUUCUUAUGCCCUUUCUCUCCCACCCCUCCCAUUUCUCACUCCCAUUUUCCCUUCAUCUCUCCAUUCUCUUCUAUUUUUCCUAUUAUUAUUACUGUUGCACACAUCACAGCUGGGCAAUUUUCCUCAAGAAGAAAAAAACCCUAAAAGUUUUGCUAGCUUUCGAUCCAUCAAGGGGCGCCCCCCGGAUCUUUAAUCCUCUGGAUCAUUCCGAAAUUCUAAGCUUUUUCGUUUUUGGCGAAGUGGGUCGUUGCACGAUACGUCGUUUCUGAUCUGGGUUUGAUUCAAUUUCUGCGUUUCUAGGGUUGUGAUUGAAAUGGUCUAUUUCCACAGCUCAAUCUCUCUCUGCAACUCCUCUCUUGGCCAGCCCAUGGCGAAUUCCCUCGAUUUCGGCUCGAAAUCGAGGCACAGGAAAACCCCAAACUCCCCUCAGGCUACGCCUUGCCGACGAUCCCGGUCGGCGGUGGUGGACGUUGUGAUUUUCGUGGCGGUUAUCGCGGCUUUUGGGUUCUUGCUGUUCCCGUACGCCCAAAUUGUGGCGAGUGAGAGUGUCAAAAUUGGUGUUGUGAUUGUGGAUUUGGUCAAAGAGGAGGUUUCUGUUGCCCCGUGGGUAUACAUGUUCAUUGGUGUCAGUGUUACGUUUGCUGCAUUGACCACUUGGGUUCUUGUGGCUUGCACCACAAGGAAGUGUGGGAACCCCGAUUGCAAGGGUCUGAGGAAGGCUGCAGAGUUUGAUAUUCAAUUGGAGACUGAGGAUUGUGUGAAGAAUUCACCUUCAUUGGCUAAGGAUAGUGGGGUUAAGAAGGGGUUGUUUAAGCUUCCUUGUGAUCACCACCGCGAACUUGAGGCCGAGCUCAAGAAGAUGGCGCCUCCCAAUGGAAGGGCUGUCCUUGUCCUCAGAGGAAGGUGUGGCUGUUCUGUUGGUAGGUUGGAAGUUCCGGGACCGAAGAAGAAUCGAAAGAGCAAGAAGUAGAUACAGAAAAGGGAAAACAAAAAGUCUAAUAGGAAGGAGAGGAUAAUUGGAUACAGUAUGUAAGUCCUAAAUUGGCAGAGGAGUUGGUUAUAGUUAUCUGAUCAUAUUCUAUUUAGAUUUAGGUUUUCUUUUGAAUAAGCCCCUCCACCUUGGUAAUAAGUUGUAAGGAACUAUGGAUCAUACACAGUUUGGUUAUUUAUACCUGGGAAUAUAAGAAUCCUUUGAUUUUAAUUGAA